CGUAGACGUAACGUAGUCCCUCAAUCGCCAGGACGUGUCAGACUGCUCCGGCAAUGUUUACAGCUGAUAUAUAGUUGCGAGUCAGUGUCGUAGAUGUGAGUUUAACCUGUGGUAGUGAGUAUCAACAUGGCGGCGGGGUUUAAGAAGACGAAUCCCAAAGUGUUUGCGAAAAUUGGUCCGGAAUUAACACCGGAUAAUAUUUAUUGGAAGAAAUUAACGGCCCCAGUUCUAGUAAAAGAAUUUGGUCCCAUCGACUACAUAGACUUCUCCCCCAUCGAGCCCCACUACUUCGCAGUGACUUGCUCCGUGAGAGUCCAAGUAUACAAUCCAAUCACAAAACUAGUGACUAAAAAUCUCAGUAAAUUUAAAGAGGCAGCCUACGGCGGCUCAUUCAGGGCAGAUGGAAAAUUACUCUGCGCAGGAGGUGAAGAGUCAGUGGUCAAACUCUUCGACGUCUCCACAAAGAGUCUCCUUCGUGUCUUCACGGGGCACAACGCCGCAGUCCACAGGACAUUUUUCACAGCUGAUGGACAUCACAUCGCCUCCUUUUCUGACGACAAAACGACUGCCCUCUGGGACAUCCCCAGUGAGAAGCAGAUCGUGACGUUCAGUGAGCAUGAGGAUUACAUCAGGGCUGGGGCGGUUAGCCCUGUGUCACCAGAUAUUUUGUUAUCUGGAGGGUAUGAUAGAACUGUCCAGAUGUAUGAUGCCAGAACCAGCAAGAGUGUCUUCAGUGUCAAUCAUGAGGCGCCUGUAGAGAGUCUGGUGUUUUUACCCUCUGGGGGAAUUUUUAUAUCUGCAGGUGGAACCGAAAUAAGAGUUUGGGACGCCCUGGCAGGUGGUAGACUCCUGGCAAAGAUCUCCCAUCAUCACAAAACCAUAACAUGUCUGAAAAUCGCAUCAAACGGACACAGGAUAGUCUCAGGAUCACUGGAUAGGCACGUUAAAAUUUACGACGCUGGAAAUUACAAAGCUGUUCACACUCUGGACUAUCCCAACGCCGUUCUGAGUGUUGGAAUCAGCGCUGAUGACGAGACUAUUGUCGCUGGCAUGGUGGACGGUCUGAUCUCAGUACGAAGACGGGAGGACGAUGUCAAGAGCGACAUCAAAGACAAGAGGAAGAAAAUGUCGUUCAGGAGGGUGGGCCAGAACCUUCACUCCUCCACAGUCGAUGUUAUUGUUCCUGAUGAACGAAAAGACGUGAUGAGCAAGCAUGAUGCUUGUCUGAGAAAGUUCCAGUACUCGAAGGCACUGGACUGUGUCAUGGUGAAUUAUAUCGUGAAUAAGACCCCACAUGUCACAGUGGCAGUUCUUCAGGAGCUCAUCAGGCGUCAGGGACUCAGGCAGGCACUUGCUGGCAGGGAGGGCAAGUCCCUCACUAAUUUUCUCAAGUUCUUGAUAAGACAUGUGGGAAAUCCGAGAUUUGGGAGAGUUAUGCUGCACGUGGGAAAUGUUUUAAUGGACGUUUACGAAGAGAUCUUAGACGAAUUGGGACCAGAACCACGUCUGAUGUUCACCCAGCUCGAGAAAAAACUGAAAGAAGAGGAGGAAUUGAUCACAAACCUGGCAGAACUGCAAGGCACCCUUCACAUGAUCCUCUCAGGAGCUGAAUCCUCCCAACCAAUAGCCAUCAGAGAGCCCCAGGGCUUGACAGCCUCCACCGCAGCACAGAAAAACCUCGUACUCAGUAUAUCAUGAUAACGACUUCCCUAAUUAUUGUACAUAAAUUAUAAAUACAACCGUUUUUAAAAACAUUCCAAAGA